AUGUCUGUUAGAACUCACACACAAAAUGAAGCACUAACAAAACAAGAUUCUGUAAAUAUGUUAAAAAAUAUAAUUAAAUUGGGAAUAAGUUUAGUAACUUACUUAAGGAAUUUAUUUGAAGAAAAUGCAUAUGAAGAAGUAUGUAUUCAAGAAUUAAAAUUAAAAAGACUAUUACCAAUAAACCCACAAGCUAAUAUGAUAAUAAAUUGGUUAGAAAAAGGAGUUUUUGAUGCUAUAGAAAAGGAAUAUUUGAGAAUAUUAAUUUUAGAUAUAAAUGAUAUAUAUGACAACACUAUUGAAUGUUACAAGUUUAGUUUUUCUUAUAAUACAAUACGAGGAGGAGAAAUUGGUAUCUCUUUAGAGACAUCCAGCAAUAAUAAUAAUAAUAGCAAUAAUGAUUUUGAAGAAAAAAAGAAUAAUUCUAAUAUAAAUAGAUUAAAAAACAUAAAAGAAAGAUUAUUGAAUAAAAAAAAAACUGAAACAUCUUUAUAUUUAAAAAAAGAUGCAAAAGAAAAAACAUAUGAAUUACUAAGAUCAUUAGUUUUACUAACUCAAACGCUAAACCCUUUACCUGAAAAAACAUAUUUAUCAAUGAAAUUAUUAUAUUAUGAUGAAAUUGUACCAACUAACUAUCAGCCUCCUUAUUUUAGGAAUCCAGAUAGUAAAGAUUUAUUAAAAUUCAUUAACAUACCUAAUGAAGAUUAUGUUGGAAAAAUUGAUACAGGUCAUCAUUUUUUAUCAAUUAUUGUUAAUACAACUUGUAACAGUUUAAGGUAUAAUGAUUCCUAUUCCUAUAAUAUUAAAAGCAGUUAUAAUAAACAGAAAUGGAAUGAAUCACACAUAGAAAUUUUAGAUGAUGAUAAUGAGGAAGAAAGAAAUGAAUGUAAUCACUUAAAUGAAGAAAUAUUACAUCAGAAUAAGAAUUUUUUACAUGGUCUUAAAAAUUAUAUUAUUAUAGAUGAUGAUAAUGGUUCUCAUGAUAAUGAUAGAAAGAGCGAAAUGGAUUAUAAAAUUGUUAAUAAAGAUAAUAAAAGUAACUUAUCUUAUUUAUCGUUUUCUAAUGAGAAAACUACACCAUUAUCGAAAGUUAUCAAUAAUUAUGAUUCUAUAAAUAACAUUAAAUUCAAUCAAAAUAAAAAUGACAAAUGCUGCGUUAAAUUAGAAAAAAUAUUAUCGGAAAAAAAUAAGAAUAAUAAUGAAAGAUUUUAUUUAAAAGUGGAAAAUGCUUCUUUAGAAAAAGAAGACAUAAACAAUCUUAAUAAUGAAAAAUAUAUAAUUAUAGAUAAAAAUAUAUCAGGGAAUGAUAAUAUUAAUUUAAAUAACAUGAAUUUAGAUAAACUUAUAUCAAGAAAAUAUAAUAGUUACUAUAAGCAAAAUAUUUCAUUGAAUUCUAAAAAUAAUGUAAUUAAAGAAUUAAAUAACUCAAAUUUAGCUGAAAGUAAUGAGAAAAACACUUUUAUUCCCAUAUGCCCAAGUAAUUUAGAAAACCCCAUUUCAUAUAUAGAACAGGUUAAUAUAAAAAAUAAUAAUAGCUCUGUUAAUUCACAUAAGGAAAAUGUAUUAAUAAAGGUUGAUAAAGAUAGCAAAAAAGAAAAUACAAGUUCAAUAAAAAAGGAUUCUAUCGAUAAAUCUCUUUCAGUAAAAUACAAAAGGAAACUACUUCAAAAGAUAAGAGUAUAUAUUACAAGAUAUAAAAUUUUAAGUAAAUCAAAAAUUAGAUUAAAAUUUCCAAAUGCAUCAAAUUAUGAUAUAGAUAAAGUCUUACAUAAAUUAGUAGAUGAUCAAAUUAUUCAAAGAAAUGGUUAUAAAUUCUAUAAAUUUGUUGAUAGGAAGAGUGAGGAAAAAGAAAGUAUUGAAAAUAAAACUUCCCAGAAAAAAAAUAGUGGGAAAAUUCCUGUAUCAUCAUCAAAAAAAAAACUUACUCCAGAUCAUUUAGAUGAAAUUGUUAAUAGUGAAGAAUCAAAAAAAGAAAGUAGUAAAAAAAGUGAUAAUGAAUCUAAAAAAAGAGAAAAUAAUAAAAAUGGUAUAAAUGUAGAACAUAAUAGUAGUAAUAUAAAUAGCAUAAAUAAUGAUAUACAAAAAUUAUAUGAUGAUGUAUAUAAUUUGUGCUUAAAGACAAAAUAUGUUAACAAAGAUAUAAUCACUAAAGGAUUGGGUAUACACUCAUUAUUAUCAAAACCAUUGUUAGAUAGAUUAAUAAAAGAAGGGGUAUUGAAAAAAAAAUUUAUAAAAAAUAAAGGAUAUGAAAGUAAAAUAUAUGUACGCAUAGAAAACAAUUUUAAUAAAAGAAAACAUACUCAAAUAAACAAAUCUAAUACACCUGAAAAAAAUUCUCCAAUUAAAAAAAGAACAAUUAAUAAUAAAAAAAAAAAAUAA